AUGGUAUCGCCGUACAAUACAUUCGGGAUGAAUGUGCCUGCAGCGUGCAUGGUGGCACUCAGUGAUAAAGAUCAACUUCCCGAAAUCACGGCGCUUUCAGAACGGCGAAAGAUAUUGGGUGGCGGCAGUAAUAUAUUGCUCACUAAACCGGUGGAUACGUUGCUGGUAAGGAAUCUGCUAAAAGGCAUACUGGUAGAGCGGGAAGACAAAGAUCAUGUUUGGGUGCGGGUGCAGGGCGGUGAAGUAUGGCAUGACUUUGUGUUGUUUGCUAUUGGCAAUAAGCUGGGUGGUGUUGAAAACCUGGCACUCAUUCCCGGCACCGUCGGUGCGGCCCCCAUCCAGAAUAUAGGUGCCUAUGGGGUGGAGGUAAAAGAAACCAUUGAAACCGUGGAAGGCUGGUCGUGGGACGAGCAACAACUCAUCACCUUACACAAUAGCGAUUGCUGCUUUGGCUACAGAGACAGCAUCUUUAAACAGGAUUUAAAAGAUAAGAUACUUAUUACCUCUGUGCUCUUCCGGCUAAAUAAGCAUCCUGAGCUGAGAACCAGCUAUGGCGCGAUCAAUGAGGAGCUGGCUCGUAUGCAGGCAGUACCAACGGUUGGGAACAUUGCACAGGCGGUCAUCAAUAUCCGGCAGAGCAAGUUGCCGGAUCCCAAAGAAAUAGGGAAUGCAGGCAGCUUCUUUAAAAACCCGGCUAUUUCCAAAACACAGUAUGAGCAACUAAGAUCGGCAUUCCCGCUGAUGCCCGCUUACCCGGUUGAUGCCCUUCAUGUAAAAGUACCCGCUGGCUGGCUGAUAGAGCAAACCGGCUUAAAAGGUUAUCGUAAAGGCGCUGCAGGCGUACACGCCAAACAGGCGCUUGUGCUCGUCAAUUAUGGCAUGGCAACAGGUGAAGAUAUCUGGAACCUUUCUUCAGAAGUCAUCAGUAAGGUUCAAAGCAAAUUUGGCAUUGAGCUGGAGCGCGAGGUGCAGCGGCAACCUGAUGAAGAAGGUGGUGCCCUUUUCUGCUACAGAUUCAAACCAGAUACUGCCCUUCCAAAGUUCUAUGAUCUUCCGCGUCAUCGCCAGGCCCAGGCCGGUACCGGAGGAUUUGGUAGUAAACACGAUGCUCUGCAUGGAGAAGUGAAUACGCCUGCUGAGCGUAAAAUGAUACUCGGGCAGGUGAUACUUCAACAGCAUCCGGAACAAACCGCGCAACCGGUGGUGGUGGUGCUCCAGGAUGAAUCGGCCUCCAUACCGGCUUCCCUGAAAGGUGAUACCGCCACUUACCGCGACCAGAUGAACCAGCUGACCCGGAAGCUGCAGGAAAAAUACCGCGUUAUUCAUUGGGGAUUUGGCGCGGCCAUCCUGCGCGACAGCCUUUUUGGUUACCGCCAGCCAGCCACCGAUAUUUCGGCUGCUUUAUCAAGGGUACAGGAAUUUUACGGACAACAGAAUCUCGGUGCCGUGAUCAUGGCUACCGAUGGGCGCUUCAACCAAGGCACGCAUCCCUUGUACCAGGAGCUCUCCCUACGCGCUCCUUUAUAUACAGUAGCCAUUGGCGAUACCGCACUGCCUAAAGACCUGCGCAUUGCCCAGGUUUAUGCCAACCGUACCAUCGCCGUAAAUACCCAGUUUGAGAUCCGUGCCGAUAUCAUUGCGACCCGCAGUAAUGGUACCACCGGUAAUAUACAAUUGCUGGAAGGCAGCAGCACGCUCCAAACCAUCCCCCUGUCCAUAACCAGCGACCGGUUUGAUAAAUCGGUUGCCUUUACCGUGAAGGCCAGUACACCGGGACUACACCAUUAUACCAUCCAAUUACCGGUUGCCGGAGGAGAAUCCAAUACGGCCAAUAACCGGAAGGAAGUAUUUGUGGAGGUAGUGGAGGAAAAGAAAAAAGUGCUCAUACUGGCAGCAGCUCCCCACCCGGAUGUCAAUGCGAUCCAGCAGGCGCUGAAUAGCCUGGAAACUUACCAGGUGACCGUUAGUAUGGCUGCAACCAUGCCUUCUUUUAACGAUUACCAGGUCAUUAUCUUACAUGGCCUUCCGGCCAAUGGUAUCAACCUGCCGCCAACCGGCAACAAACCCGUAUGGUAUAUUGUAUCCGCCACCACCGAUAGCCGGUUAAGCGCCGGCAUUGCCACGAUGGGCAUCAAUGCGGCGGCACAGCAAAAUAUCUAUGCCGGUGUCAAUCCUGCUUUUUCGGCCUUUACACUGCCGGCACGCAUGGGUGCGGUGAUGGAUAAAAUGCCGCCGUUAAGCGUACCGGCCGGCAAUAUCAUAAGGGUUUGUCUCCGGGGUUUUGCCCGGCUCCCAGGCGUGCAGGCUAUAAUUGCAGGUAGGCGCAUAACCGAAUACCUGCCAGCUGGGUAUCCCGGAAACGCCGUAGGCUUCUGCUACAUCUAUCUCAUUGACGGUGCCACCCAUAUACGUCCAGAAAGUGCUGUGCGCCCACUUAAACGUGGGCAUUUUAAUACGGGCCUCCAACUUACCGCCAUUAAAAGAGCGGGUAUAUGGCAGGGCUAUCGUAGCACUGGAAUAAUUGGUAUUGCGGGCCGAUGGACAGGCGGCACAUUGCCAGAUUUUGCCCACAUCCUUAACCAACUGGCUAUCAAGACUUUUGACUCUGGUCUUGAAAUCCGUGUGAUCAUGCCGCGCUUCGGUGUGAUCAAUGAGCGCCGUCAUCGCCUCCACGAGGUGGUCAGGCUAUCGGGGAUCAAUAUUAUUAUUGACAAAGAUGAUUACCCGUUGAUCAUCAAGGUGGCCUCCUUGCCCAAUGCGCGUUUACAGGUAUAUUUCAUGGACAAUGAUGAUUACUUCAAGCGGAAACAAGUAUUCCGUAACGACCAUGAUGAGUUUUUUGAAGACAAUGCCGAGCGGAUGAUCUUCUUCUGUAAAAGUGCACUUGAAACUGUUAAAAAAUUCGGCUGGCCGCCGCAUGUGAUUCACUGUCACGGCUGGAUGACUUCUUUACUGCCGCUUUACCUGAAAACAGCCUAUAAAAAGGAACCUGUUUUCAACUAUUCUAAAGUGAUCUAUACCGCACAGAACGAUCAGUUCUCUGAAAAGCUGGGUGAUAACUUUAUCCAGAAAGCAAUGAUCAGUAAUGAGAUAAAGGAGAAAGACCUGGAAGCAUUUAAGGAUGGCUCCAAUCUUGCCCUCACACUGGGCGCCAGCAAAUAUGCCGAUGUACACCGUAUUUUUUCCAUGGCAACAGUGUUGAUGGCUGGGUGUGCCAUAGCCAUCAGCAGUUGUAAAGAGGAUAUUACCAUCCAUUCUGAUCUCUCUCCCUCUUCAAUAGGUACAGAUACGCUGAUCAUCCCGGAUUCCUGUUUUGAAGCACAAACCGUACUGGAUGAUACCUUGCUGACCAGCACGAAGUCGGUUUCCUAUGCGGUUUACCAUGCGCUUGGCUGGCUGAAGGAGCCGCUGGAUCCAUCCACGAAUCCUUAUCCAUCCAAUACUGCGGGGCAUAUUUAUCUCCAGGUGGUACCUAUCAGUACCGGGUUUGGUUAUAACAGUAACAGCAUUAUUGAUUCCGCGGUGAUUGUACUGCCCUAUGGUGGUUUUACCUGGGGAGACACCACGCGGCCAUUCAUAUCGCAGAUACGUACAAAAUACAAGCCGCCGGCGAGUGCGCCUAUAUCAAGGAUCUUUCCCGGUGUCGUCGCCAGCAUACGACCAUCCAGGCAGAAGAAAGUAACCGCAGAUAAAACAGCAACCACAAAGGCCGCCCUUACCGGCAGUCUCCUGCUGCUGGCCCUGUCUUCAGGGAAAGUGCAGGCACAAUGGGCCACAGUAGGCCCUAAUCCUACCAUAUCCGGAGCAGCCAGCUAUCAAAGCCUGGCCAAAGACAAUGCCGGAAAUUACUACGUGUCUUAUUAUGAUGCGGCCAGUGGCAUCCAGAAAGGAUCGGUGCAGCAAUUCAACGGCACAUCCUGGAGUUACCUGGGCGGCCAGGGCAUCACAGGCAGCUUCGCUACCUUUAAUUCAUUAGCAGUAAAUGCAUCCGGAGAAGUUUUUUACGCUUACCAGGACGCAGCAAACGGCAGCAAAAUAUCCAUCAAAAAAUACAGUCCGGUCAGCAGCACAUGGACAGAUAUUGGCGUAGGCAUUUCCACCACUACCGUCAACUACCAGACGCUGCGCAUCGUGCCGUCCAGCAACCAGCCGGUUGUUUCUUACCGGAUAGGCAGUACAGGCAUUUUUGUAAAAAGAUAUAAUGGCACGGCCUGGCAGGAUGUAGGCAGCACACAGCCUGUAGUUACAGGUACCGUAGACCAUCAUUCCAUCGUUGUAGGUACGAAUGAUACGGUGUACCUGGCCGCCUAUUCCGGCACAGGUUAUACCUUGUACAAAUCACACAUCAAUGCCACAACGGCUACGGCCUGGGAGGUUGCAGGCGGCGCCUUAUUCGUAGCAGCCAGCAAUGGCGGCCUUACCAGUGCAGCGCUGGCCAUUGAUGCCAGCAACCAUGUAUACCUCGCCUAUCGUGCAUUAACAGCCGCCCCUUCGCUGGGCAAGAAAUACAGCAAUACCAUUCUUUCCGGUCCCGACAGCCUCCGCGUGACGACGCUGGGUAAUGUAGCCCCGGUGGUGACCAGCAAUGUAAAUACAGCACAAGGCGUUACGACCCUGCAACUGGUAUCCACCAUCUAUCCGGCCGGCAGCAGCCAGUCAGCUAACUGGAGCAUCCUGCCUGGCGGCACAGCUACCGGCACCGUAGAUGCAACCGGUCUGUUAACCGUACCGGCACAAACAUCCGGCAUUUUAUGGGUAAAGGCUACAGCAGCAUCCCAUGCAACAAUCUCCGAUUCUAUAAGGAUACAGGUGUAUUGCAAACCCGCCAAUACCAAUCCUAUCAACUGGUUUAUCUUCGACACAGUACGCAUUGCCGGCACCACUUUAAAUCAUCCUUCAUCCGGUCUGGGUAAUGCCAAUGCAUACCGCUUUUUCCCGGAAGCAGCAACGACCACCGGUAAUAUCACCGCCGGCAACACCCACCGGCUGGAAAGCAAUGUUGGCUUUGGCACCGCGCCCCAGGGUUAUACUUACAGCUAUUCUAUGUGGAUAGACUAUAACCGCAACGGAAUUUUUGAUAAUGAUGAGUGGACAGAAGUAGCCGCCGAUACGGCCGCAACUUAUGUAACCAAAUCGUUCGUAGUACCGGCAACCGCAACUCCCGGCAAAACCCUGAUGCGGGUACGUAUCCGCCUGGCAGGUGGUGCCAAUGGCAGUACAUCGGCCUGUACCGGUAAUGUAGGCAGCGGCCAGAUGCAGGACUAUAUCGUCAAUAUUCUCCCGGGCGCUCCUCCUUGUACCCUCGGUGAUCCGGCAGCGGCUCCCGGCAGUAUCGGUUGUGUCACCUUCCCGUACAACGGCAGCACGGUCACCUACACGACGGUACGCGGCACGGAUGGCAAUAUAUGGCUACAGCAGAACCUGGGUAGCGACAAUGUUGCGACAUCCUCAACAGACGCAUUGAAUUAUGGUGAUACUUUCCAGUGGGGACGUUGGGCCGAUGGACACCAGAAGCGUAACGCAGCUACCAGCCCCGUUCCAUCGCCGAAUGACCCGACCGGAUUAGGCGGCGGUACUCCCAAUUUUUACAUCAGUGCUCCAAACUGGUGGGCGGGCGCAGCACUGACUGAUAACUGGAAUGCAGCAACACCGGCAGCAGUAACCGCUACAAGUGGCUGUGACCCUUGUAAGGCAUUGGGUACCGGCUGGCACUUACCAGCGGAAACAGAAUGGGCAGCCAUCAUUGCCAGUGAAGCCAUCAACUCUCCGGCCACCGCAUUCAGCAGCAACCUGAAAUUAACCACAGGCGGCAACCGUAACAGCAGCGGCACCUUUGAUUUUGUAGGUGUCCGUGGUUAUUACUGGAGCAGCACCACUUCCACUACAGGCGGUAAAUAUCUUUAUUACAGCAGCGCUAUUACCAAUACAAGCGCAGGCGGGCUCAGAGGUCAGGGUAUGUCUAUCCGCUGCCUCAAAGCAGCAGUGGCUCCGGUAGUCGACAGUAUCCGUGUUCGCACACAAGGUAAUGUGGCAGCUACCAUUACUACCAAUGCAGGCACCUUACAAAUGACGGCUACCAUCUAUCCCGCUACGAUGAACCAGGCUGUUACCUGGAGUGUGGUACCUGUUACCGGCACGGCUACUAUCAGUGCUACCGGCCUUGUAACGGCCCAGACCAAUGGUACCGUAUGGGCCAGGGCGAUCUCGGUACAGGACGCAAGCAAGAGCGACUCUUUACAGAUCAACAUCUCUAACCAGAUGAUAUACCGGCUGCGGCAAAAGCAAAAAUCAGAACGCCGGAUCUUUGCCAUUACCCUGGACAAUGCCGAAAAAAAGCUGGCCAAUUAUAUCCAAAGUAUAAGAGAGAAAAACAAUUUGUUAGAGCAGUUUGAGACAGAGCUGGUGCAGAUAAAAAAUCAGGCAGCCACCAUUGAUGCAGAUAAAAGGGAGGCCUAUAAUAAUGAAGAAUUGCUUUCACGCAUCCAGAAUGCAACCCUGAUCACGGAAGAAGCCUGGCAGGAAUUUACCGGCUUGGUGGAUACGGUUCAUAAACAUUUCUUCAUCCGUCUCCGGCAAACCUUCCCCGACCUGACCCCGGCUGAAACCCGGCUGCUGACCCUUAUAAAACUUCAAUUUGCCACUAAGGAAAUGGCUGCCAUGCUGGGCAUCUCCCAGGAUUCCGUCAAAAAAGCCAGGCAACGCGUACGUAAAAAGAUAAAUAUAGCGGAAACAGAAGACCUGUACGAAGUGCUGAAAAACAUCUAG